UCGAUUGUCGAUCGAUAUAGUGAAAGGUUUUGCUGGAGGGAAGGAAAAAAAAGAUUUGAUUUUGUUAAUGAUGUAAACUUGUAGUUCGUGAUUUGUGGACAUUUGUUAAUAAGAAGUGUAUAAGAAGUGUUUGCCAGUGGAAUCAAAUCAUUAAUGGAAAGUAACACGUGUAAUUGUUGUUUUAUAGCCUUAGAGCUCCAGUUUUAGUUAAAAAGUUAGCAACACGAUAUUAGUUGAAGUUGUCAGGCAGUCACACGUUAGUAAACGUCUAUUUUGUUUGAUUCGCUAUUGUGUUUGAAUCGCGCCUUGCAGGAAGCUUUACUCAGUUGCCGUUGUUGCUUUUGAACGUAAUAAACCUAUAACACUUGAAAGCACCAGAAAAUAAUCUCUAAGACAUACCAAUAUCACCGGAAAGCCUUAGAAAAUAAUCGCUGAACGUAUUGGGAAUUACAGGUACAAUGUGUUAUUAGUUUUACAGUAAAUCACUCAUAAUUACUCGCUGAGUAAUGUCGAGAUUGACCAGUUGUUCACAGAUUUUUUUCAAUGCCUUGCGUGGGCGUGGAAUAUCUCAUGGUGAAACUAGUGGGCUUUACAGCGUUAACUAGAAUAUACGCCAUAGUGAAAGAUUUGCACACCCAGUAACAAUUUUCUGGUAUCAUGUUGGUCAACUGUCACAUAUAUUUUUAAGCAGAGCAUUACAGUUGUUAUAUUAGUUCCUGACACACACCUAUUAUUAAGCUGUGUUUGCAAAAUCUCAAUUGCAUAUCACAUGUGUAUUUACCAUGUUAAGCAGUUUGCCCUCAUCCUCUCUUGUGAUUACAUUUAAUGGGUUAAUUUUUGAUUGCCUCACUUUGCUGACUCAGGUUCCUUUCAAAAGGACAUGGCAGAUCUUCUGAAUCCUUUCCUAUUCGAGCUUAUAUUCUGUCAGUAAUAUGUUCAUCAUUGAUGGGCCAUUAAACUGUAAUCUUUCGUUUUUCCUUCUCUUAGCUGCUGACUGAUUGGACUUUCAAAUGGCUUUUAUGUGUCUGCAGGAAUUUUUGUGCAUAAAAAAUGUGAUGGUGAUUCAAUUAAACAGAUAGCUAGAUUUGUAGCAAAAAUGGUGUGUGGGUAUUAGCUCAAUACUUUUUUUUCCCCCACAUAAACUCCACCAACUCUUUUGCACUUGUCCCAUUUUCUGAUGAAUCUUCUUCUUACCUCUGUGAACAAUUUUUAUCUGUAUCUCAAAACCAAUUUUUGUACUUGUUUCUUUACUUCAUUAUUGCUGUUCAACCUGCUGCCUUGCAAUGCUUCUUCCAUCAGACUAAAUAGAUAAAAAUCCGAAGGAGCAGGUCAGGGCUAUAAGAAGGAUGAGGUAGUGAGGUGAAGUGUUGUCAUGAAAAAGCAACACAUCUUUCUUGUGCCAUUUCUGACAUUCCCUUUCCCCAUAGGCUGGACUUUGUUCUCUGUCAAACAUGAGUAGUCUGGAUUGUCGAUAGUACAUAACUCAACAGAAUCACGGGAAAUCAAACCACAUUCACUUAAAAAGAUGAUUAACAUGACUGUACUGGCCAAUGACUGCAUUUUGAAUUCCGUAUAGUCAGGUGGUUGAAAUGUUAACUGCUAAAGAAAUAGAAUUUGCAAAACAGCUGUUGGCAUACUUGGACACAAAUGACCUAAUAUCUUUGACAAAAACAACAACAAAUGAUGUCAUUGUACCAACUUCAAGAAGUGAUGCAACUGCAGCAAUUUUGCUGCACACAGAGACAAUUGAUGCUCUGCUUAGCAGGAAGAAAUUAACCAAAGAAGUACUGUUUAAAUACUUGCAUGAUAGACAGCAAAGUGUUUCUUUGAGUGAGUCUAAGGAUAAGCUUAGAAAACGCAUUUUGCAACUCUUGGGUAUAAGUAAAAAAAGAACUACAGUGAGGUUUGAAACUGAUAAUUAUAACUGUGAGAACAGAUCUGAUGAUUCUGGAGCUGGUUCUGAUAUCUCAGGCUCGGAAGACUGUGAUGGAAGAGGUGGAGACAGUCAUCACUAUGGUUUGGAGCUUCACAAUUCAAAUCCACUGUCAGACUCUACAGGUGUCCCAAAUAUUGUGCAGGAUAGAGGUACAUCCCAGGACCCCACAGUAACUACUGAUGCAGUGUGCCAUUUGAGUGGAGAUAAUAGAAUAGCUGUUCAGGCAAACUUUCCUAUCACCGAAUUCAGUCAGCAGUUUGUGACCUGGUUCUAUAAACUUCUGAAUGCUGGUGGUGUUGGGGAAGAACACUUUUGGGCAGAUGCAGCAGCAGAAAUGUUGUUAUUGCCAGGAGAGCAGGUCAGCCAAGGUAGUGCAGCCUGUGGUGUUUCCCAGUUGCUUGACUGGGUUAGAAACCAGUUGGGUCUUGCUUUUAAUCCUAAUGUGACAAGUGAAGGUGUCCGUGGUAGGUUUGAUCCACACGGACUUAUAACAAUUGUUGCAUGUGGAACGCUACACACUCCAGAUCGGUGUGUUGGCAUCUUUACUCAGAAAUUUGCUCUCGCAAGAGAUCCUUUCUCAAACAACAACUGGAAAGUGAAGAACACUAAAGGAGUUCUCCAUUGCCCUGGCAAUGCACUGGAUCAGAGUACAUUAGUAAUACCCACACUUGACAGCGCAGCUUCUGACAUAGCAUUACUAGAGCCAUCUUGAACAUAUUGCUGGUCUGAGUGGAACAUUCGUUAUUACUGUUGAGUGUUAUAGCUCAAAUUUGAUCUACCUGAUUAAACAGAGUAACUCUGUCAUUAGAGUUAAGAUCUGUACUUGGACAGGAGGCUGAAUGAUGGGUGUGAAUACAUGUGCUUAUGUGUUUCAGUGUAUUAAUAACUAAUUUAUGAAGCAUAAAGAAGAUAAUACUCCCAGAAUUAGGUUUUCAUUUAUCACUUACACUAAAUUAUUUUUCUAUAAUAAAAAAGGAAUGGUUGUACUUCUUUAAGUAGCCUGUGUAUGAAAAAAUUGUAGAAUAUGUAAAUUAAGAACCAGUAUUGUAUACCUUGUAAAUGAAGCUACAUAUCCAAACCACAUUGGAUAAUUAACACCGAGUCACUUGUGAUGUUUUAUCAGUAACCGUUAUAACCUAAUCACAAUUGUAAUACACCUGCAAUAACAAAACCUCUGGUGAUAAGAGUUUUCAGUUUCCUUCUGCCACUCAUCACGACAUUAUUUCCCUCCCAUUUCCACACUUCUGUGAAUCUACACCAUCCAAACACAAAGUUUAUGCAUCUAUUUCUGCUCCUUUCUCAAAACACUUACGGAGUGGAGUGAUGCAGAGGUUUGUACACCUUACUCUCAUACAGGAGGAUGACAACUGGAAUCCCUAUCCAGCCCUCCAGAUUGAGGUUUUCCGUGAUUUCUCUAAAUCACUCUAGGCAAAUACUGGGAUGAUUCCUUUGGGGGAAACACACAUCUGAUUUCCUUCCCGCAACCUUUUGUUGUUUGAGCAUCUGCUACAUCUCUUAUGACUAUACUAUCAAUGGGACAUUGGAUGCUAAUCUUCCUUCUUUUGCAAAAUACUUUUACUGUGCAGCAACAAUAUACUCCAUAUUAUCUCUAAAAUUGAUACAAUUGCAGUGGAAGAGCUGUAACCACUCCCAGUACCAUCUGAGGAGGAAGCUUUCCAAACUACUGACUUCCUAUGCCCACCAGAUAAGACUAUUGCCCAUCAAAGAGCCCAUCACUUUCGUCCAACCUGUCCAUCAGUGCCACAUAGCUGAUAUACUCCAAUAGUUGCACAUCCUUUAAAAACACUACUCCCAAAUACUCUGCAGAUUCCUCAACCUGUCUUCCAAAAACAUGACUUUGGAAGUAAAAGGCCUUCCAAAAUGUCUCACCUUCAAUCCCAAACAUAGGUCCAACUGCACUAGACUUGUCAAAGAGCUAGUUACAUUCAAGGUAAGCAUUUUUUCGCCACCCAGCCUGCUGACAACAGCCAGAUUGCCGAUCUCUUAUCUGGUCAAUCGGUUUGAAUGGAAAUGUUCAAGAUUGUCGUAUUUGAAUCCUAUAUAGGGAUUGUGCAAUAUCAUGACAUUAUUGCUGCACCCAUAUCUUACUGUUGUUUGUGUCUUCUAAAAAUAUAUGCCUUAUUUCAUUACUCAUUUAAAUAAUUGCUCAUAGGUCUAAUGCUAGGCUUGUAACAUCAUUACUUAGUGAUGGAAAGCCCAUGAUGGGAAAAGUUAACAAAAAUAAGAAAAUGUAACUUCUUUCCUACAGACAAAUGAUGUAUGGCAUAUGCAACAGAUUACAGUAUACCUUUUUUUCCAGUGUAAGUGCAUAGACUAUCCCACGUAUAGUCAGCUGAACACAUACGUCAACACCAACAGCAAUUCAACUCGGUGGUAAUGAUAUAGCAACUUUGGAAUGAUAGUGGAAAAAGUUGAUAUCUACGAGGGUGCUUUGAAAAGUUCUCCGAAUCACCACAAUAAGUCAGCACUAGUGCAACAAGUUGUUCAUGUGAUAUUCAUUGGACCGUUGCCUGUAAACAUAUGCCCCGUCAGCGUCCUUGGAAGGGAGCUGUGGUGGUGACAUGGCUCUGUUGUUCUCACAUAGUGAUUUGCGAAGGUGGAAAACAUCGAGAUUUGAGCACUCCUAAAGAAAAGUAUGAAAGCAAAGGACAUUGAUGCCGAUUCCCAAAAUACACUGGGAGGGGGGGGGGGGGGGGGGGGGGGGUUCUGCUACUUCAUACUCAACUGUUGCCAAGUGGACAAAUGAAUUUAAAUUUGGUUGGGAGAACUUAUUUAUUUUAUUUAUUUCAUUAACAGUACAGAGUAACCCACCACCUUGAAAUGUAAGGUGGGUAAGAUGCUUAAGAAUCUGAUAGUAAAGACUUCUCAUUGUUACAUUCUUAUUGGUAUCCAGUUGUUAAUGCUUUUUAAAAAAAAUAUAAUAUAAAGAAUAUAAUAUAUAGAGAUUUCUCUGAGGUUACAUCGAAUUGAAUGCUUAACAAUUGUUAAAAUGGUUCCAUAUAAUUUGUUACUACUUAGUUGAUGAGAAUAUAAUUUAUAUAAUGCAAAUAUCAAAGAAAAAGAAAAAAAGAAAAUGUAACACAAUGAUCGUGGUUAAGAAUAAUUUGUAGUAUAUAGAGGGAAGUGAUAUGCUGUAUUUGGAUGAGUAAUACAGUAUAAGUAGCAUGUUGGUUAAUAAUGGCCUAUUUCUACCUAUUUUAGAUGAGAAGAUCUUGGUACAACCUCGAGGUAUUCUAAUCUAAAAUGGUUUGUGCUAAUUAAUGUUUACACAGAUUAUGCAGAUUAAAUGCUGACUGAGCACUUCAUACAUGGAUUACAUGCAUUUUAGCUUCA